GGCGCAUGUUGAUGACGCCACACAAAGACGCCCGAAACAGCAGUCUCUUGUAAUGGAGGAAGUAGCAACUGUUUGUUGUUGUUAACCAUGGAUGGAUAUUCUUGAAGGAUAAAUGUAGUUUUCUGAGGGUGACAAUGAUUUCCGUGAGUUAUAUUUUGUUGUGUGGACAGUUUUUGCUCCUGUUGACGGUGAUUCUGCUCCAGUUUCUUGAUGGGAUUCACUCACAAAACUCAACGACGAUGGAAACUCCUUCCACAUCCUCUGGUCAGGGAGCUACAGCUCUCCCGUUCAGCGAGCAGCCGCCAGAGGUGGUGAAAUAUGAAAUACCAGUUGAAAAUCCGAACUACACAGAGGUCUAUGAGUACAGACCUCCUUCGCCGGUCGUCCUCUGUAGUUAUCUGUAAGUAUCAGGUGGUGGUCUUCUUGAUGAAAUGCUCUCGUUAGCAUGUUAGCUUAUGCUAAAUAUGUGCUGCUGCUGUGACACUGACGCAGAUCAGUCCCAUUUUCUGCACAGUCAUUUUAAUCAAUUACAAUCUACAAAAGCCAUAUUUUCAGUCUGUAUUAAAUAGUCUCUAUGCAGAGUCAGGGAUAACCUGAGUCUACACGGCUCUACAGAGUUUAACAUGACAAAAGGUGGUGCAACAAUAUUCAGUUACUUCUGCUUGUAGGAUUCAGGGUCAAGAUCAAUCACAGUAUCAUUGGUUAUAUUACAACAAUAACAAUAGCUUGGGGAAAUAUGCUUUUACACACCAUGGGGACAUGUCAUUUUCCCCCUACCCUGUCAACGAUUGGUUAAAAGUAAGUAGGGGAGAGUGGGGUAAGUUGAGCCAAAGGGUAAGUUGAGCCACCCUCUGUUUCUUGGAAAUGGUAAAAGAAAUGGAUCAUGUGACCAAAUAUUUAGAAGAUGGGCAUCAAUUCAUGGAGUCUGUGAAGGUUAGAAGCACAUAGGUGAAGAGGUUAAACAUUUAUUUCCAAAAAAAAAACAUUUUUCACUCUUGAAAGUGAAUUUAGUCUGUCAUAAGUUUUAAUACUGUUGUGUUCAGACCAAAAAAGAUCAUUGUAGGGAAAUGGCUCAACUUACCCUACUCCUAUGGUCAACUUACCCCAUACACUGGGUAAGUUAAACAUAGGAGACCACUUUUUUUGGAAUGCUAUAUUAUCAAGACAGUUAUGUUUACACUCAUUCUGUUGGUUUGCAGGGAUGCACAACAUCUUAAAAUAUAUACAGAUACACUACUUAGAGACAAAAUUAUAAAUGCCUUGAUGUAGUGAUGGCUCAUCUUAUCCACUCUCCCGUACUCAAUACUUGGUGCCUGCAAAUUGGAACAGCGGCAACAACAGACUUCAAAAUCCAGGGAAUGCCAUAAUAACGCCACACCCCUUACUCACCUUUUUCAUUAACUCUCUAUGUCUGGUGAAGACCCGAGGAGUUUAUCUACUGUCAAGACCCAGUGGAUCAUGCAGGCAACUACAGCGCAUAUCUGGAGAUGAACCAUGGCUGUGUUGGGGUACGUUAGUUUAUUUAUUUGAAUUAAUAAAAGUGUUGCUUAUCACUUCGUCAUUUUAACUAUUUUGCUUUUUACAUUUAGUGGGGUGGCCAGACUCAAAAAGAAGUGAACCACACGCCGGUUAUCUGCACUGCCCUUGACGACAUCGAGUGUGCUGGACCGCGGGAAUUCACCAGAGGGAAUGUACCAUGCAUCAAGUAAGAGACACACUUCUGGAAACACAAGUUUAUCAACUGGAUGCAGUGAAAAACUGUGUUUGCAGACAUUGGUUUAUAAGGAGGUGACUUUUGCCAAUGCAGUGACUUCCACUAAAGAGUCUUGACUGUUUCUAAUGCAAUCCCUUCACCUGGCUCAAAGCUCAUGUUUGAUGAAUAGCACAUUCAGUUCCAACAUUUUUGCUGAUUGAUUCACCCAUGAGUCUUUUUACAUUGCAAACAUUGAUCAGGAAGAUUUUGUUUCUUUUGAUGCAAAUAUUUGCAAUCUUUUACUGACAGAGAGGAGCAUAACCCAUUUCCUGUAGACUUUUACUAGGAGUUAAAUUCAGUAUGUGGUCUCCUGUGUUUCCAGAGAUAUAAAUAAUGAUGAAAGUCACAUCUGUAUGCACAGUACCUGGUCUCUUCCUUAAAUGAAUUCACCUGUAGUAACAGGAAGACACCACUAGAGAGCACUAUUUUAAAACUAAUCUCCACUUGCUCCUGUUUUCGUGGUGAUUUUCCCUGUUCUGUUGGCUCUGCAUUUAUCAGCGCAUGAAGUUAAUCUCCAUAGUAACUGCACAGAGAUCAGAGUUCUGCAGCAUCUUUACACAACCAGAGCAGCACAUGAACAACUGCAUUCACAAUCCUCUAUACUUCAUUUUACUAUCUUUCCCUUACAGUUUUUCACAGUACAGUCAAUGCACACUGUGAUAUUGUUUAACAAUCUUGAAUUAAAUCCAGUCAUUCUUGAACAGGUGAAGUGCAGUUAUAUUUUUGUUUUUGUAUUAGGGUCUUGGCUGAAAUUUCAGAUACAAAAUGGUGUUGAUGUUAUAUUUCUUGUUCAUGCUUACUGUCUGUGCACAAUUGUUUUCAUUCAAUUCCUGCUGACACAAAAACUGCCUUCAAAGUAAUCACCUGCUGUGAUUUCUACAGAUACACUGGGCACUAUUUCAUCACCACGCUGCUGUACUCUUUCUUCCUCGGUUGUUUCGGGGUCGAUCGUUUCUGCCUCGGCCACACUGGCACUGCUGUCGGGAAGCUACUCACCUUGGGAGGCCUGGGAAUCUGGUGGUUUGUUGACUUGAUCCUGCUCAUCACUGGUGGUCUGAUGCCUAGUGAUUACAGCAACUGGUGCACCUACUACUAACCAACAUCAGACUGGGACUCGGGACUCUGGCCACCGCUCAGUUUGGAAACAUUUGUGACAUAUUAAGAACUCAAGGGGUGUGGUCUUAGUCUGCCUUGAUUAUGAGUCCAUGUGAUGGCCUGCUCCAAGCAGAUUUCCAGUGAAGUCCUGGAACCUCUGAAAGACGUCCAUGGGGUGUCUACAAUUUACAUUUGAUAUCCUGUUAUAAAAAAUAUGUUACAAAGAUAAAUCCACUCGCUGUUUUCACCAGGAGGGGUGUAGUGACAUGAUAUGUUAUUACAGCAUCUCCUACAGUAACUUUGUCAACCAGUAGUUUAGAUUUCAAGAUCCGUGCCAAGAAAAAGAUGAUAAACUGAUGCCAUUUAAAGCCAGGCUUAACCUUUGCAAGUUUCUGUCUAAUUUUCACCUGAUACAUCUGACCUGGUGACCCUGAUUAGUACCAGUGUUCAGCCCAGAAUUUCCGAUAAUGUUGGGCUUUUAGGAUCCAGGCCCAAUCUCUAAAAUGUUUUUAAUCAGAGCCACCCUGUUGAUUUCAAACAUGUUUUAUAUUUAAGACUUAAAAUCUGCAUCGCCAUGUCACUACUUUACACGCUUGACCACAACAGCCAAAGACAAUGUCGUCUUUAAGGAGGCAGAGUCGCUGUCGGCAAACAAUAGCCGACAUAUCAGACUCUGUUUUGGUGACAUCUAAUGGAAUCUUCCAAGAUCUUGUCAGGUGGUAUGUUGCUUCCUGUGACACAUAUGACUCUCUUGUGAAGUACUUCAGUGAAUGAUGCGCUCUUAUUUUGAAAGUUGGCAGCGUGUGCUCGUUUGAGAAUAGAACAAAAUAAUUAGUGGGUCUACACCCUUUGGAAGUACGGCAACCUCAGCUGACGCUUUUUAACUGUCAGAACUAAAGUCUGAGUGGAGUCAAAUUCUGCUUACGAGGAGACAAUUAACAUCAAUUUUACUUGAUGUACUAAUGUGGUGGCACAUACAGUUCCCAAAUAAUACACAUAAAUAUUUACAUCUCAUGACUUAUGUGUCAGUAGAUAGCCUGCAUCCCUGCUAAAUUUGACAUUUCCAUAAUUACUCUGUCAGGCAGACUUUCAGCAGGUAUGUCCAACAAAAUCCAGAGUUUGCUUUAAAGUGGAUAAUGACAGCAUGGAACAGGAUAGUUUUGUAGUUUUUAUCAGAAUGUAUCCAGAAGUGUUUGUCACACUUAACCUACUUUACGUAGUUAAAAAAUUUCCCGAGCUUUUGUCUAUUUUUCCUUCUCCAAAACUCUGAUCGUACUUUGCUUCUGAGCGGGCUCCAGUCAGGUUCAAGUGCUGUUUUAAAACAAACUAAACAAAGAGUUAUAUGGUAAAUAUAUUGUUUUUGCAGGGUGGCAUCUGUUUCCUCUUCUUCCUGCUUGUUAUUCACAGUGUUUAAUUAACAGACUCUGAUGUAAUCCUGCAUCAUUUAUAGAUAUGAGAUAUUUCUUUAUGGGCUCUUGGUGAUACCAGAGAAGAUAAAUCUAGCAUGCUAAAAAACGACAUCAGUUCAUAGUUCAAGUUUACAGUCUUGGUUCAUUUGUUCAGAAAAAGUGUUUGCACUGACCAAAACUGCUCGGCCAUCUGGUGAUUUCUUUUUUUUUGUCUUGUGUCCAAAUGAAGUAAAAAAUGUGCAACAGUGAUCUGAUCUUACAAAAUAGUGAUGUCCCAAUCUCUGAACACGAAACUGUAACAAGACAUUCACUAGCAAUUUAUGUUAUAUAAUUUGCAAGGCAACAGCAGAAGGACACUUACUACACUAACAAUAUAGUUUAGCAUCAAAAAGUUACACUUGUAAUAGAAUAUAGUGUGCUCAUCAAAGCAUCACAAGAGAAAACUGCAAACUUGACUUUAAAAGAAAGGAUGAAUAUGCCUGAGGGAGUUCAAGAAAGAUUAAAAAAGGAGGUUGUUGACUCUAUCAAUGGAUACCCAGCCCAUUUCUUUGGUGGAGAGAACUGAUUUUUCUGUCUUUUGGAACAUUUGGAUCUACAGAAUCUCCUGCCUCCAAGACACCACCUUAAAGGAGUUUUACAGACUGAAUCAGCGCCUGUGCUUUUAAGCACCAGUUUUGUGGGCCUUCAAAAGUGAAGCCUAUAAAACGGGCCAUUAGGAGAUGCUGAACAUAUGGUAAACAGAGAGUACAAAGUACAAGUAUCAGAUUGGAUUCAGGUCCAAAAAAAACUGAUUGGGACAUCCUUAUUGUAAAAUGUCAAAGCCAAGGUGUAAGUAAAUCCAGAUCUGUGUUAAUAGACAGUUUAUGGACUAAAGAAACAUCUGGGAAAAAAGAAAUUACCAGAGCCUGACCAGAUUAGAAAGUGUUUCUGUGAUAGAUCCGUACUAGGAGUUGAGUUCAUGCGUUGUUCAGGCUGCAGGAAAUCCAUCUCUAGAUGUACUUGGUAAUCCAUAUUUUCAGUAGCAGCACUUCCUGCUGUUAUUUUGACAUUAUUUAGAGAUUCAGUACAGCUGACUGUCGGUGCUCAAUAAGUAAUAGUGUCUUUUCUUCCUGUCAUCUCUGCAAAUUGAUCUCGGUGAUACUCCUGCGACUUCCCGAGGGCUACAUCCUCCACACUGUAUACAGAUUACCUAACAGCUCUGUCUUGACCCUUCACUGCCCUCUGCUGCUUGGAGGCGUUCUGUCUUCUGUGGUUUCUCCGCUACUUUACUGUACUCUCAACUGUACUCAACAACACAGCCUUGAGCGAGAAGGAACUUAAGCCUCAAGAUGGACAGUGUUCACACGAGUCAGUUGGUUUUGAGUUUUGGCUCAUAUGUUAUGAGAAAGCAGGGGAUGGAUCCCUUCCCCUCCUGUGCAGUGUGGGAAUAUUUCACUAUUUUGCAUCCAGGUGUUGAGCCAAACCCUGUUCAGAUGUCUCAGACUAAAACCAAUUUUGAUCUUUACUGACUCCCUUAACUAGACGUGGUUCUCGUUUGAUAUUUUAGUCUUCAUCUUCUGCUUGGUUGAAUCCUAAAUCUUUAUGUAAACGGAUGGUUUAUGAGCUCUUUCACUAGCUGCAUGAAAGUUUUGGGAAAGAAGACAUGACUAUUUUUACAGGCUGUUUAUUUUCUGUAAGCUGAAAACCUUUUGUUGUGAGAAGCAUUGAGAUUCUGUAUGAAACAUUACAUAGUUUUCAUAUAAUUCACAAAGUCAAACUCACACCCUGUUGUAGACAGCUGUCAGUAUGGGAGUUUAAUCUGAAUGUAAAUACUUACUCUGUUUUACACUUAGAUCUAAAUCCACAGUCACAAUAUAAAAUCAUACUUUUUUCUUUUGGCCUUGUAAAAUACUGUAAAUAUUAUCAAUCUUCCUAAAGGAAUCUGGAAGAGUGUCUAGUGUUUUUAUUUAUCAUUUGAUUUUCUUUACUAUUUAUUUCAAUUUAUAAAAGGAUUAAGGGGGAAAAACAUGUUUCCACUGGCUUUAUUUACAAAUCAUAUUAAUUGGUUUGAUUGAGAGACAUGAUGGUUUUCCUCUGGUCUUCAAACCUGGCUGUCUUUUUGUGUAUUUGAGGAGAAACCCAGAGUUAUGUGCUGUUUUUUUUUUUUUUUUUACUGUUCACAGCUGUGAUGACCUUAUUAAAAGUAUCUGAGAAAGUGUGCUUUCUUACUUCAAUAGAUACAAUUUCAUGGUUGGAGAGGGGUGUAAUAUCGAUGAAAGAGACUCAAUACCUCAUUACUCAAAAAACAUAGUUUCCAGAGAGUGAGUGCAGUUUUAGGUUUUAGUAGUUUGUCUGCUUGAGAGACCAGUAUACUGCUCCUCCAGUCUCUGCGUGUGAAUGUUCUUGACAAUACUCUUGAAGCUGUCCCUCUACAAUAAAGUCAGUGCACCAGUUCCUGUGUAUCGUACAUGGAUUGAAUGUUGACAGAGGAUCAGAGGCCACGAUUACUUCACUAGAUAAUGCCAAUUAUUGCCAUUUCUACUUACUUCACCUUUAAUUCAAUUAUCAUUCUAUAUAACACAUUGGGUGCCUGGAGGCCAUAAUAGUUGCUGCACUAUUAGUGAGUUAGCUCAGCAUCAAAUUUAGUAUCACUGAGAAUUUUAUUCUGGAAAUUGAUUGGACCAGCUACUAAGCUAUGCAAACAGUAUAAUGAUAAUAAUAAUUGUGAUUAAUAACAACAACAUUAAUAAAAA